UUUUGUUGAGUAUUAGCGGUUUGUUCACAGCGAGCUAGUAGUGCGGCGGUGUGCGCCCUCAAAGUUCUUCGUUCUUUUAAAGAUCGAUUACGCUCAUACUACAAGUUGGUUUAGCCAACUUUUAUAUACUGCACCGCUCCUUGUGGUUUAUGGUCUGACAUUUGGCAAACAUCGGAGGAGAUAAGGUGAAAGAUGACACAGUUUUUACCCCCUAACCUGCUGGCUCUGUUUGCGCCGCGGGACCCGAUACCUUUCCUGCCUCAGCUGGUAAAGCUGCCUCAUGAAAAACAUCACAACCAGCCUUAUAGUGGCAUUGCUCCAUUUAUAAGACACUUUGAGGACCCUAGAGAUGCCCCUCCACCAACAAGGGCAGAAACCCGUGAGGAACGGCUGGAGAGAAAGCGGCGAGAGAAGAUCGAGAGAAGGCAAACAGUAAUGGAGACAGAACUCAAGCUUUGGGAUCCUCACAAUGACCCUAAUGCACAAGGGGAUGCCUUCAAGACAUUGUUUGUUGCACGAGUGAACUAUGAUACUACAGAGUCGAAGCUUCGUCGUGAGUUUGAGGUCUAUGGUCCCAUCAAACGGAUUUACAUAGUCUACAACAAGAAGACUGGGAAACCUCGGGGUUAUGCGUUCAUCGAGUAUGAGCAUGAGCGGGACAUGCACUCUGCCUACAAACACGCAGACGGAAAGAAGAUUGAUGGCAGGAGGGUUCUGGUGGAUGUGGAGAGAGGACGCACGGUUAAAGGAUGGCAUCCUCGCAGGCUAGGUGGUGGAUUGGGUGGGACCAGAAGAGGUGGAGCAGAUGUGAACAUCAAGCACUCAGGCCGAGACGAUGCAUCGCGUUACGAUGAUCGAUCUAUUGGCGGUGAACGCGAUCGUGGCGAAAGGAGGGAGCGCAGCCGCGAUAGAGAGAAGGACCGAGAGCGCCGUCGGACUCGGUCCCGUGAACGCAGACGCCAUACACGCUCCCAGGACCGAGACAGGCAGGCGGCAGCAGGAGACGAAGGCGGCGUCGGUGGUGGCGUCGGUGGUGGCGGUGCUGGCGGCGGUGCUGGCGGCGGUGGUGGAGGCGCUGGCGGCAGCCGCCGACGAGAUCGAGAGAGAGAACGCAGUCGAGACAGGAGGAGGAGGAGCAGGAGCCGGGAUCGCAAGAGAGACAGGGAGAGGGGCAAGGGCUUGGAGGGGGAGGAUGCUGGUCAGGGAGAGGCUGCUCCUGAAGGCGGGGAGCGCAAUGUGGAAGAGCACGAAGAACCGGCAGAGGCCGUGGAGGAACGCCGCGACCGGGACCGGGACCGAGAGCGCGACAGGGACCGGGACCGGGACCGCAGGCGUAGCCACAGGGACAGGGACAGACGCAGGGGAGACCGAGACAAGGAGCACAAGAGGGAGCGGGGGGAGAGAGAGAGGGGCGAGCGCAGGGAGGAGCGCCACGCCUCCCUGCGAGAGGAGGCGGGCGCCCAGGAAGACGCGGGCGACGAGGGCGCGGCGCUGCCGCACAUGGAGGAGUACAGUCAGGACGGGAUGAUGGACCAGCAGUCGGUGCCGUCAGCCGACGGCUACGUCUCCAGUGAGAACGGCUACAAGAUGGAGGCUCCGGGAGACGAGUACUGAGACGCGCUCUCCUCCAGCAGACCGCCGCCCGCUUUUAACUCUGUACUUUAGCUUUCUGCCCCAGACGCAGGUUUCCUCACCAUCAGACAUCUCGCCAGCUGUUUUCACACUGACACCAAUCUAUUAAAAUGUUCCUUCACUGUUGAUGCGUAAAUCUGAUUGGUUGUCACUAAACUUUGCAGCUUCUCUAAUUCAUCCAUCUGUAUGUUAUCAGAUGGCCUAGUGAUUAAAGCUAGAUGUUUUUUUUUCUUUAAUUUUUUUUUUUUUUUUUUUUUUUACAUGAACUCUGUUUGGAACUGGGUAGAACGUGUUGUCCUUGAUUUCUCUUCACCUGUUUCCGCUUGGCGUAAAACUGAAGGAAAUGUGACGAUGCUGACGUUUCUGUUUAUUCAUUCUGGAAUAUUUUUUUAAUGUCUGUAUGUUUAGAUUUGCAGGAUAAUUUUAAUAAAGUUGUGACUUAAACCCA